UGUAGUCAUUAAUUCCACAUCUUCUUCCUCGUAUCUCCAUCAUAUAUUACUCCCCGUGCAUUAUUGGGAAAAAAUCCUUAAUUACCCAAGUUUCAAAAAACAAUUCCCAUAAUACAACACUUUAAAAAAAAAUCCAAAAUGCCCAAGUUUGAAGCAGUUUGCUGCCUAGUAUAGCGAACCACUAAAGGGCUCACAGGAACGAGAAGCGAAUCAGUUUGUUCGCUUUGAAAGAAAGCGGCUCAGCACUGGUUCGCUGAUAUUACCAGCGAACAACUGCGAAUAAUUGCCCUGCCGACGUAGAUCAAAGCAGUUCGCUUUAUUUUCUAGUGAACCACGUGGUUCGCUGGAAUAGGCUGCGAACCACUGCCAAUAAUUUUCUGUGCUUUUCCCCGACAUGUCUCAGCGCGGGAUGCAGGGAUGCAGGGAUAAGACUGCUAGUGGAAGUGGAUCGCUGGAGUAGGCAGCGAACCAGUCUUCACUGAAACAAAAUAAAUGCCGAGAACCAUUUCUUUGUUCAUUCCUCUCCUCUCUUCAUUCUAAUUAAAAAAAACAAAACAAAAAAAACAACCGAAGAACAACACAUUUUCAGCAAUGAAGAAGAAGGUGCCAUUGAAAGGUAUGGUUGUUCAUGUUAGUUGUAACAUCCGUUAUAUCAUACUUCGAAUAUAGAUUAGUGUUUUGCUUUAUACUUUGUACAUAUAUUUAGAUUUAGUUAUAUUAGUUGUUAUUAGCCCUUGACCGUAGAUUAGUAUUUUGGUUUAAUACUUGGUUGAUAUAUUUAAGUUAGUUGUAUUGAUUGUUAUUAGCCUUUGAAUGUAGGUUAAGUAUGUUUUGUUGAAUGUAACAUGGGUUAAAUUAGUCUUUGAAUGUAGAUGAAUUAUGGAUUAGGGUUUGAAAAUAAUAUUUGGCUAUUUAUUCAUAUUUAUGCUUCGAAUUGUAUGUAAUUUUUUAUAUUGUAAAAUGCAGAAAUGGGAAGAAAUUUUAGAAAGUUCGACCUAUUGAUUCGAUGGAAUGGUCGAGUGACAAUAUUUCAAAAUAGUGUUGAUUAUGAAGGUGGUGAGGCAAGCACUGUCCGAAUUGAGAGCAGAUUUGGUUGGCAUGAUCUCUUUAAUAUUUGUGAGGAACGAUGUUGUAUAGGUGAUCAUCGAAGAGUAUGCAAGAUGGCAUAUCAGAUGCCGGUUUACGACGGAUAUGAAAUGGUGUACGAAGAAUCAAUCUUGUCUGAUGAUGAUGGAAUUAAUAUAAUACUGGAUUUCGUACAUGAAAAUAGAUUUCGAGUUGUCGAGGUGUAUAUCGAGACGGAAGAGGUGGGCGAGUAUGGUGGUGGUGCUAAUACCGAACAUGGUGAAGGUUCUGGUGGAGUUGGAGGUUCAGGUGGCUACGGAGGUUCGGAUGGCGUACCAUGGCCAAGAGAUGAAGCUAAUAUUACACCUGGUCCAAUGGUUGAAGAUGAUGGACAAGAAUGGCCAGCAUGGGGUAAAGAAUGGGUCAACAUAGGAUCAUCCGCACAAGGAUCAGUUAGGAAUGAUUAUCAUUGUGGGGAUAAGGCAACUCCUCCCCCCACAAGUGAGGAAACUGACAUGGAAGAUUUGGCAUCUGUGAGUAGUGAAGAUGAUGAAGGUGAUGAUGAUGAUGAUGAUGAUGAUGAUGAUGAUGUCGAUGAGGGGGUAUUCGAGCCUCCCACACCUCACUACACGAUGGUACCACAACAUCCUCUCUAUGCUCACAACGACGAUUCAGACUACCAUCCUGUACCCAUCUGGAGUCCUAAUGCAGGUUUUGUGGUUGGGCAAACAUUUGGAGGAAAGCCAAAUGUUAUGGAUGCGUUGAAAGAAUAUGCAAUGCAGAAGAGCUUCCGAUAUCGUGUUCACAAAUCAUACACUAAAAAAAUUCAUGUCCGAUGCGAGAACUAUGGAGAUGGGUGCAUGUGGCAAGUUCGGGCUGCAUUUGUGAUGAGGCAGGGGGCUUGGCUUAUUCGCAAGGCCGACAACAUCCAUACUUACAGUUCGUCAAUUAUUUCUCUUGAUCAUAGGCAGUUGAAUGCAAGAAAAGUUCACAAACCAUCAAGCAUCUGGUUGAGGCACAACCUGGCAUCACUGUAAAGGCUGUCAUUGCUGAGGUGAAGAAUUGUCAUGGCUACACCAUUAGGUACAAGAAAUCAUGGCAUGGAAAUCAAAAGGCAAUGGGGGAGGUCUAUGGUGAUUGGGUGGGUUCGUACGCUUACCUACCACGACUUAUACUAACAUUUGGUGACAAAAAUCGUGGUAGUGUUUUCGUGCCAAAAAAUGAAGAUUAUGUAGCAGGGAGCAAACGAGUAUUUGAUCAACUGUUUUGGGCAUUCAAACCAUGCAUUGAUGGUUUCGAACACUGCUUGCAGGUAAUUCAAGUAGAUGGGACCUUUUUGACGGGCAAAUAUAGGGGUACUCUGAUCGCCACAAGUGUUGAUGGCAACAGACAAGUCUUUUCACUUGCAUUUGCUAUAGUUGAAUCGGAGAACAACGAAAGUUGGCCAUGGUUUUUUCAGCAACUAUACACUCAUGUUACUCAACUGAAGGGCAUUGCCAUCCUAUCUAAUAGUCACAGUGGCAUUCGUCAUGCAAUGUACGAUUUGCCUGAUGAGGAGCUUGGAUUAGGGAUGGCAAUGGGGCGGGUUUGCCUAAACCAUCCCCAAACCCAUCUUCAAAUACCCAAACCCAUACCCGCCCCAUACCCAUGCAGGGGAAUGUUUUGCAAACCCAUCCCCAUACCCGUGGGUUUCGGGUACCCAUGGGUAAUACCCAUACCCGUACAUCAAACAUUAUUAUACCUAAAACUUACAAGAAAAGUUUUAAUUAUAACUCUAAACGAACAUAUUAUAUCAUGAAGUCAACAAACACGGUCAUUUUUUUAAUAUGGUUCAAAGAAUAUGAUCAUAAAAUAUCCAUUAAUACAUAAUAUAGAGUAUAAUAUUUUUCAAAUUAUUAUGUUCCAACUCUCAUACAUAUACUAAAUAAUAAUUAACUAACAUAAUCUUGUUGACAAGGGGGGAAGUGAAAGAGUGCAAUGAGAAUUGAGAGAAAUGAAUUAGGUUUUGAUUA